AAAAUAAAAAUAUCGGCCGCCCCUGUAUGCUAGGCUAGGAUGAAUGUUUCUUCUAUCCCGGAAGGAACUGUAUGCUUUGAGCAGCAACUCCAUUGGUCCAGAGGUAUUUUUUUCAACGAGAGCCCCUUCUCCUCCAACACUUCUCUUCUCCUCGCCCAGCUUUCUUUUUGUGCUAUCGUCACCGCCUCCUUGCACCGCUUGCUUACCCCCCUUGGCCAGAGUGUCUUCGUUUCCCAGAUCCUCGCAGGGGUAAUAUUGGGACCAUCGGUCCUCGGAAUCAACUCGGUCUUCAGAGACAAGAUUUUCCCAGUAUCAAGCUUUUAUAUAGUCGAUACAUUUGCGUAUUUUGGCGUGAUGCUGUUUCUAUUCAUCAUCGGCGUGAAAACCGAUCUGAGCGUCAUUCAAAAAUCGGGGAAGAAGGUAGUUGCUAUAGGCAUCUGCACAUUCUCAAUGCCUUUGUUACUCAACUCGUUGCUCGGCAAUCUCAUGACACAUUCCAUCCCCAUGGAACCGAGACUCCACAGGUCGAUAAUUUGGAUUGCAUCUUUUCAAGCCAUAAGCUCGUCACACGUCAUAGUUUGCCUGUUAGCUGAUCUGAACCUUAUAAAGUCACAUCUGGGAAGGCUAGCCAUAUCUUCGUCCACGAUUAGCGGCAUUUGCAGUUCGUUUUGGGCACUCAUUGUCUUCACCGGGAAGCAGAGCGUGCACGCGAAGCAGCACACUUUUCUAGCGAUGAUUUUCUUUAUAGUCGUGAUGGUGUUUUUCGCACUGUGCAUCUUCCGCCCUAUAACGCUACGGAUGAUUAGGCAUACGGCCAACACGAAAUCGGUCAAAGAGAGCCAUAUAUGCAUCAUCUUCAUCUUUGUAAUGGCUUCCGCAAUUUACGGGGAGUAUUUCGGUCAGCAUUUUAUAUUCGGGCCGGUAAUUCUAGGCAUGGUAAUACCCGACGGACCUCCUUUAGGCUCGGCAUUAGUCACUAAGCUCGAGUUUUUUGUCUCCUCUAUCAUCUUGCCAAUCUUUUUCGUUGUUAGUGCUGCAAGGAUUGAUUUCUCGUUAAUAUCGAUGAGGAACUUUGUCAUAAUCGAAAUCCUGGCAUUUUUCGCAACGCUGUGGAAAUUAGCCGGGGUCAUGUUGCCCGCCCUGUACUGGAAACUGCCGGUGAGCGACGCACUCUACCUCGGCCUUAUUUUAAGCAACCAAGGCAUCAUGGAUGUACUAAUCUUGGAACGAGCAAAAUCUAUAGAGCUAAUUGAUACAGAAUCAUUCACCGUAAUGGUUCUGUCAAUUUUUCUAUUCACCGGAAUACUGGCUCCAAUAGUUAAAUUCUCGUACAGGCCAACAAAGAGAUAUGUGGUGGCGGCUGGUGAGUGGAUGACACUCCAAAACGCGAAUCCGAAUUCCGAGAUCCGAAUACUCGCAUGCCUCCACUAUCAAGAGCACACCCCAUGCAUAAUUAACCUCUUCGAAGCCUCGUAUCCAAAUCCACUAGCCCCCAUUUCCUUCUACGUAGUCCACCUCGUGGAGAUAGCGGGCCGAACCGCACCGCUUCUCAUGGCCCACCACCCGGGAAUGCGGGACCCGUCCGUCCCGAGCGAGUCCGACCACAUAAUCAACGCCCUCAGAUUCUUCGAGCACGAAAACCGAGGCCACGCUUCCGUGUACCCCUUCACCGCCAUAUCCCCCUACGCCUCCAUGCACGAGGACGUGUGCACGUUAGCGGCGGAGAGGAGCGUUUCUAUGGUAAUCACGCUCUUCCACAUACACCCUUUGAUCCACGUAUCCGAAGAGGAGUCCAAUGCUAUAAGGGUCGUCAACCAAAACAUAAUCCAAGAAUGCCCUUGUUCGGUGGGGGUCUUGAUCGACCGUGGGACAAUGAACUGCAGCGCCGCCAGCUUGCUCCACCACGACGUGUACCGUGUGGGGGUGAUAUUCUUGGGCGGGCCCGACGAUAGGGAGGCGUUGGCUUACGCGAGGCGAAUGGCUAAACGACCCACCAUAAGACUCACGCUCGUCCGAUUCGUGGACGAAAGUGGCGGCGGGGCUAACAUGAGCACCUCCUAUUCGGGCGGGGUGGAUGCCGACUUGGACGUGGUGAACGAGUACAAAGAUUCUCAGAUGACGAACAAACAAUGCUUCUAUCAGGAGGAGGCGGUGCAGGAUAGCGUGGGGGUCGUGGGGGUUAUCAGAAGUAUGGAGAGCUGUUUUGACCUGAUUUUAGUGGGGAGACGACACGAGGAUGAUUCUCCAUUGUUGGCCGGGUUUCAAGAUUGGAACGAGUUCCCGGAGUUGGGGUUUGUCGGGGACAUGAUUGUGUCGUUGGAGUACAAAGCUUCGGUGUUGGUUGUGCAACAAGCUUUGCCGAAUGAGGAUUAUUUCGAUAACCCUCAAAACUUAAGGCAAGAUUCGUUUGUAGGAAUGGAGAUGCCUUUGAAUGAUAAUAGAGUAUGGCCUGCACCUGCACCCAGGGGGCAUCAAUCCGGUAGUUUAGCCAUGUGAUUAUUGUUUGUAGUUAUUUUUUUUUUUUUCUUUUUCUUCAUGAGGGUUAAAGGUGUAUAUAUUGUUUUAAUUUUUGGUGCAUAUGCUAGAUUUUUUUUUUUUUUAUAAACAAAUUGUACAAAUUUAGAUUUAUACUGGAAACUUUUUUGGCCCAAUUAUCUUUAUUUAUCUAUUUGCAACC